UCUCGACGCUGCGAGCUCUAACGGGAAAACUCGGAAAAUUCCUAUAGUGCCGCAAGUGUAGACGGGAUUCCUGUCUUCUUUCAAUGUAGUUGGGAAAUCUUUUCUUCAAAUGUAUUCAUCGUGAAACUUGUGUAAAACAUUUUCAGAACUCUUUGAAACCUUGGUGUUGGAUAUUGUGAAUUUGGAAAUUGUGAGUUUUUCGUAAAGUGAGAUACAAGACAAAUGAAAAAUGAGCAACUGGUCAGUGAUGUCCUCCAACCAAAAUGGCGGCGAAGACGACAACCUGCUUUCCCGACAAAACUUUCCAGCCAACCAUCAGCUGAUCAACGUUUCCCGCCAAAACUUACCCGCCAACCAUCAGCUGAUCAACGUUUCCCGCCAAAAUGCGGCAGCCGGCAACCAGGACGACUGCUCUAACUUUUUGUUAUUGGACUUUUUCCGCGACUACUACAUGCCUAUCAUGAUCUGCGUGGGCCUUGUGGGUAAUCUGUUGUCGUGUGUUGUGUUUCUCAGGACACAUUUGAAGGUGCGGAGCUCAAGCUAUUACUUAGCAGCCCUGGCGACGGCUGAUUUUGGGUUCAACGUGACCCUACUGCUGGUGUGGCUGAGUGGUUUUGGGCUGCGGGUUUUCAACGCAGACGGCUGGUGCCAGGGGGUCGUCUACUUCAGUUCCGUCUGCAGUUUUCUCAGCGUCUGGUUGAUUGUGGCUUUCACCGUGGAACGCUUCAUUGCUGUACAGUACCCCCUCCACCGCCCCCACAUGUGCACCGUGGAACGUGCCAAAGCAGUUGUCUCUCUUCUGGCGGCGCUCUCUCUUUUGCUCAACGGUUACUCUCUCUUUACGGCCGGGGUUCGCCUGCACGAGGGCGAACACAUCUGCGACAUGAACGAGAACUACCGCGAGGCAAUGCGGGUGAUCAACGCGAUUGACACCAUUCUGACGCUGAUUGUGCCGCUCGUGUUGAUUGUCAUCAUGAACACCAUGAUCACCAGGAACCUGUUGAAGUUCGGCAAGAGGCUGCAGCAGCAGGAUGGUACCGGAAACGGAAGUGUGGCCGCGCCACCGGUCGCUUCCGAUUUCAACCUCAAUCAGGUCAACCAGUCGAACGGCUCCAACAAGAUACGAUGUGGAUCGCAGCAGAGCUCGUUUCACUCGUCACAAAACCGGCCUUCAUCGAGUUCGAGUCAUGUGCAGUUGCAACAGAUGCAGCCGAUUGCAGUCACCGCUCGACUCUCCACCAAAUCCAACGACAACUUGCCUCACAUCACCAGAUGCAUACAUAUAAGGUCAUCAAAAACCAACCUCGUAUCAAUCAAAACGCAGCAGAGUAUAACGAAAAUGCUACUGCUCAUAUCAACAGUAUUUGUCUUGCUCAAUCUCCCGAGCUACGUGAUCCGACUGUACAUCUUUGUGCGCUUCUCGCUGUGGCGGGAACAGACGACCGGAACCGGAACCGGAAGUGGUAGUUCACUGUGGUGUCUGCAACAGGUGUUCAUGCUGCUCUACUACACGCAUUUCAGCAUCAACUUCCUGCUCUACUCGAUGUGUGGCGUCACCUUCCGGCGCUUCCUAUGGCAGCUCAUGCGCAAUAAGCUGAAAGCGCUGAGUCGACACUUCAAGUGCAAAUUUUUGAGGCAGCGGGGUCAGGGUGGGGGACCAAGGCCGGAUGGAGGGUUCUGUCUGCAGUCGAGGACCAAUACUGAGUAUAGGGCGUGAAGGGGCAUUGGAAAAUGUUGUUACCGUAUGAGGUGGAGAAAUGUUUUCUAGGCCAUGUAAUCAUGUUUUAGAGAGGAGACGAGUCUCAUGGGGGUCUUGACUGUGGUCAAGGACAAAUACUGAGUGAAGGGCGAGAAGGGGCAUCAAAACAUGAUUGGUAUGAAGUAGAAAGAUGGUUUCUAGACCGUGGAAGUAUGUUUUAGUGGGGAGAAGCAAUGGAGAGAUGAGUGGAACCAGCCUGAUGGAGGGUUUUGUUUGCAUUCAAGAACAAAUCCCGAGUAUGGAGUGUGAAGCGCCAUGGAAGCAUUAUUGAGUGGACUCAGAUACAUGUUUGAUGAAAUAUAGAAACAUAUUCUAGUGAGUAGGAGCAUUAUUGGGAACCCAAAGACUUGAUGAGAGAUUCUGUCUGCAGUCAAGGACGAAUACUGUGAAGGGGCAUGAAAACAUGUUCAAGAAAGCGUAGAAAGAUAUUUGUUGAGACAAAGAAACAUGUUUUUGUGGCUGGGAACAGAAGAGGAACAGCGCUACUGAGAACAAAUGAAGGGGAUCCAGGCCUGAUGGAAGAUUUUGUCUGCAGUCAAUGACGAAUACUCAAGUAAAGAGUGUGAAUGAAAUACAGGAACAUGUUUGGUGAAAAGUAGAAUGAUGGUUUCUAAACCAUGGAAAUAUGUUUUAGUGAGGGGAAGCAAUGGAAAGAUGACUAGUGGAAUCUGCCUGAUGGAGAUUUUUGUUUGCAAUCAAGGACGAAUACUGAGUAAAGUGCGUGGAGAGGCAUUGAAACAUGUGUUGGUAUGAAGUAGAGAAGUUAUUUCUAGACGCUAGAUCAUGGGAACAUGUUUCAGUGGAGAGGAGUAGAGGAAAAACUUGGCCUUAUGGAAACGUCUGUCUUCAAUUAAGGACAAAUACUGAGUAAAGGACAAGGAAUAUGGCAUUGUGUAAAGGUAAACUAAUAAGCAUUUUUGAUGAGACAUAGAAACAUGUUCUAGUGGGGAGGAGCAUUGUGCAUUGGAGGUUUGGGGAGUAGCAAAGAAGAGCCUAAGAGGCCUGAUAAACAUGCUUCUGUCCUCACUCAAGGAUAAUAC